AUUCUGCCCAAUUUUCUACUACGGCAACCGAUAUACAUGUUUUUCUACAACUUCGGAAAAAAAACUUCACCCUUUUUUUCUGACUCCAGUAUUGAUAUUGGAGUACGCGGAACUUCUCAACCAUCCUCGUUCCCUUGCUCCGUCAGCGAAUUGUGCACAAGAAGUAAUCGGCCGCCUCGUUAAAGCCCAAAGUCAUGCCGGAGUUUGCCGCCACCGAUCCCUUCUCCCCGCAAGUCGGCCUUUCGUUCAACCCUGACUUUCUCGAAUCCCAUUUCUUACCGGACGAUCUGUGCCUCCCCAGCGGCGGCCCUUCAUCUGAAAUUGAUCUUGAUUUUGAUUUCGAUGGCAUUGAUUGGGAUAUAUCCGUUGACGAUCUCCUCCUCCCCGAGAACGCAAACCCUCCAUCUCAUCCCUCUCCUACAUCGAGCGACGGAUGGCUGCCGGAAUCUGUAGUGUUGACCUCCUCCUCCUCUCCAGCUACCUCUGGCAUCAUCAACAUCACUUCCCCUGAAUCCGACCGCUCCGCCGACUGUUCCACAGAAUCUAGCGCGGAUGUGAAGCGGGAGGAGGAGAACGGGCGGGGGACGAAGAUAAUAAAGAAGCGGGAGGUGGGAAGCGGUAAGACUAACAUAAACCCUAGAAGCAGCAAAUCCCGGCGGUUGGAGGAUUUUGGGUCAUGUAGGCCCAACGCUGUGAGUGAGGAAGAGGAGAAGAAGAAGGCGAGACUAAUAAGGAACCGGGAGAGCGCUCAGCUUUCGAGGCAGCGGAAGAAGGAGUAUGUGGAGGAGCUGGAGGAUAAGGUUCGGUCCAUGAGCUCUACGAUCGCUGAAUUGAACAGUAAGAUCUCGUUUAUCAUGGCGGAGAAUCUGAGUCUAAAGCAACAGUUGGGUGGUAGUAGCUUUCCGCCUGGUGUUUACCCUCCGCCUUCUUUUGCCUCCUCGCAUUUUUCUUGGGCUCCUUAUCCUCCGCUUGUGUUUAGGCAGCAGAUUUCUCCAGUUCCACUGGUUCCUAUACCCAAAUUAAAGUCCCAGCAAGCUGAAGCCUCCCAAAAGACAGGGAUAUGUGAGAAGAAGAAGCGUGAAAACAAAGUUAGGAAGGUGGCAAGCAUUUCACUUUUGGGGUUUUUAUUUUUUGUAUUGAUAUAUGGAGGUCUGACAGGGAGAGUAGAUCAUAGAUACCAAGAAAACAGAGAUUUUGGAGAAGUUACAGUUAAAAAUGGUUUGUUGGGUUAUCCUAAAGGUAUGGUUCUGAGUGUUAGUGGCCGUACUAGGAGUUUGACUAGUUCUGAAGAGGUCGGCUUCAAUAAUGGAAGAAAAAGUAAAAGUGGAGUUGAUAAGUGUUUUCAGAAUGCAAAGGUGGGAUCAGAAGCCAAACCAUGGCCUUUUGGUGGCCGCAUGGUUACCCAGAAUUCUAGUGAGAGUCUUCCUGCUUGUCUGUAUGUCCCAAGAAAUGGAAAGCAUGUCGAGAUCAAUGGGAACUUGAUAAUCAGUUCUGUUCUUGCCAGCGAGAAAGCUGUGGCACAGGUAAAAUCCAGAGAUCAGCCUAAGCAUCCCUCUGGAAAUGACGUUAUUGGGACAGGUCUGGUGAUUGCUAAUCUGGAUUCUGGUGUGGCUUUAUCAACUAAGGAUAUUGGUGGACGUACCAAGUCACAUGGUAGCUCAACUGAAUAUCAGGGAGCACUUGCUUCUGAUGCUGAAGAUGCAUGUAUGGACAAUUCGCAGGAUGGAUUUCUUGAACAAUGGUUUCAGGAAGGAAUGGCAGGCCCAAUAUUCAGUUCUGGCACAUGCACUGAAGUGUUCCAGUUUCAAAUCUCCCCUUCAUCUGCUAGUCCUAGUGCAGUCAUCACUUCUUCAAUAAUUAAUGCAACAAAAACUGCGGUUGCCAAUUCAAGUACGGGCAGCACUUCAUCAUCUGCACCUCAAAGAGUGAUAAAGAACCGAAAAUUUUUCUAUCCUCGAGCUAUUCCACUCCCUGGAUCUACAGGUAACCACACUAAACGCAUAGGGAAAGGACCCGAAGGCAGCAACUUUCAGAGUAAUGCCUCUGGUCCUCCCAUGGUUGUCUCUGUCUUGAUUGAUCCUAGAGAAGUUAGUGAUGGUGACGGUGAUGGGGAGGGAAAAAUAUCACCCAACAAAUCACUUCAACGUAUUUUUGUAGUUAUACUUCUUGAUAGUGUCAAAUACAUCACAUAUUCUUGUGUGCUUCCGUUCAAGAGCUAUAGUCCUCAUCUUGUAAACUAAUUUUAAGGAUCUACAAAGUAUAGGGGAAUUAAAUUGACUUUAUUUUUAAUCAGUAUCAUGCAUAUUUA